AUGGCGGAGCUUGUACAGUCUGAAGACUUCGCUUCGGAUCAAGAGGCUGCACCCAGAAAGCUCACCCCCGAGCUCGAUGCAGAUGCUCGUCGAGCACUGGGUGGCUGGGAGCCGCUCUCCCCCACGGAGGCGGAGCGCGGCGUCCUUCGCGUCACCUCACGGUCACGGGUCAUCUGCUUUGGUCCGACGGAGGAGGGCCUUUGCUCCCCCGUGCCACCCCCACCUGCCUUGCUGGCAGACGAUGCCCCACCGCCCCCCUCAGAUGAAGAGGACAUGGAAGUGCAGGUAGGCCAGCAACCUGUGGAAGCAAGUGCAGCCGUGUUCAGCGAGCUGCAUGCUGCGGUGUGGCUGGGAGACGAAGCAGGCAUCCACAAUCUGCUGCAAGGAGGCGCGGAUGUGAACGCCGAAGAUUCACAGGGCUACAUGUCCGUGAUCCGGUAUCUUUUGGAGAAUGGGGCGAAUCCUCGCUGCCGCUCCAGCCUAGGCUGGUCCCCGCUGGAUGUUGCCGUCAGCUACGGUGACCAGAGUUUGGUGCGCGUGCUUUUUGACGCCGCGCAAGCGGACUUGCAGCGACGUUGGCAGGUACGCCUGGCUUCCAUUGCGAAGUCGCUGAGCCUUCUGCCGGACUUCGAGUGCCGAAUACGUUGGGAAUUCGAAUCACCGGUGAUCCCGCUUUUGAACAGGCUGGCGCCUUCUGACGUGCUGCAUGUACGCAAGCGCGGAAGUUGCUUGCGACUUGACUCCACCCUGGCCUCUUGGAAGCGAUUUCGGUUUAGCAAGCGACGCAGUCUGACAAUGCUCUUCAUCGGUGAGCCCCUGAAUGCCCAGUCGGAUGAGGACAAGUCUCUGAAACCAUCCCGCGGCUUCUUCAUGGUCAAUCAUGACAAGCAGCUCAUGGUAGACAUGACACAGAGCUUGGAUGGCGAGGAAGCUGCGGCGGUGGUACAAGAUCUGGUCAAGGCCGAUGCGAUGCAGUGGGACAUGAAUGUGGCGAGUGUCGAAGUCUCUGAAGGGACUACGUGGCUCGGCUCCCCAGCCGGGCCAUGUGAUGUGAACGGCUGGAGCUGCAAGCGCUUCGAUGUCCGAGGCGAGCUCGGAAUGACCAUGCGGAAGAAGGGCAUGCGCAUUGACGGCCUCACCUUUCAGGACUACUUCGGCCGGCCACUUCCCUCCAGCGCCUGUUUGCCCGAGCUGCGGGAGAAGUUCGAGGCUGCGCGACAUGUGCGCCAGGCGCAGCUCGAGACACAGCUCGCAAAGCCAAAGACAUCAUCCCAGACGCCCUCGGAGCCCGUGGGUCCGAUGGGGCCCACGCCCUCAACGGAGUGCUUUGCGCUGGACGAGGACUCUGAGGCGGGCUCCAUCCAGUCCGAGGUGUUGGAGGACUGGCCGGACCAAGGCGCGGCCUUCGCCCACGCGGCGCCCGCGCAGCAGGCGCAGCAGGCGCAGGCUCCAGCUCCGGCCGCUCCAGCAGCUCCCGCAGCACCAGCAGAUCACCAGGCACCAGAUCUUACCUAUAGCCAAGAGUUGAACUUUUAA